AUGUCCAUGUUCCGCUUCUGGGCUUCCGACUCUCGGGGAAGCGACAGGACGGUCGACGGGGAUUCCGAGUUUCUGCGCGACGCCGACGCUGUCGCAGAACUUCCGACGCCGAUAUCUCCCAACCCUAAGAAGCGGCGGCCAAGUUUCGUCAACACGGCGGCCUGCACCUACCCUUCAGCCAAGCGCUACAAAGCGGAACAUGAUGGGGACUUGCCUUCUCCUGUCUCGGCGUCUCCCGAAGCCGACGGGAUGGGCGAGCUGAAGGGGACGAGCAUGGCGCUCGACGUUGAUGCCGCGGAGGAAGCCAUUCAAAUGCAAUUUGGGCUCGAGAUUCUGUUGAAACACGACGAACUUCGGCUCAUCAACCAAGAACUAGGCAAAUGCCAGGCUGCGCUGGAGCAGCUGAGGCGUUGUCAUCUCAUUCCCUACCCUGUCCAAUGUCCGACCCCCAGCCAGAUGCUGAACAUUAGCAGCGGCAAGGGCCCUGCUCUGGAAUCGCGUCGCGGCCAACCGCCCCCGAAGUGGGCACCGCCCUUCGGUGUGGUGGAAGGGCCAUAUGCACGUCAUUAUGCUAAGUGGCUGAUACCUGAUCCCAUGUUUGAUGGCAUCCAGCCCCCGCCUCUGGGCCUGGCGGAUGGGGGCCGUACGAAACACAGCGCGGAAGGUAGGGCGACGAGAAGCAGUGCGCCGGAUGUUCUCGGCGGUGGUAAGCAGCGGCCGGUUCGUGGGAAUGCUGGACAGAGAUUACACGCGCUAUCCAGUGGAUACCCACAGCCAAAGGACAAGAACUCGCCUUGUCUCGUCAAGAAGUCCGAUGGCGUCACGGUCAAGCUCAUUUGUGUGGACUGUCACAGGUGGGACUUCUCAAGCACGCAGGGUUUCAUCAACCAUUGCCGUAUCGCGCACAGGAGGGAUUUCAAGAGCCACGAGGAAGCCGCCGUUGUGUCGGGGCACCCUAUCGAGGUGGACGAGAGCGGCGCUGUCGUGGGCGGGGAUCUAAAGCCUCUUCCCACGGCCCCGCCCUCCGGCUUGGCUCAUCCGCUUACUCGCAUUGAAACGGGAUCGGAUCAGCAACAAUAUCGGGCCCUCCUCUCCCGUAUCAAGGCGUCCCUUGCGCUUUACAAGGCUGGGAAGUUGCCGGGCGUGAGUAGCAUACCUGGGGUAUUACCCACCCCGUCAGUGCCAGCCGGCCGGUCGGCGCAAAAUCUUGUUGAGUCUUCGGACGUCCCUUAUUUGUCACAGCUGAUGAAAAAGAAGAAGCUGAGCGGCAAUCUGAAGGCGGAGGUGACUGAGGCGAAAACAAAGGUGGAUUGGAGCUUCCCUUCUCCAGAUAUGGAGUCGGACUCGGAGGACACGGCCGGAGACCGACAGGCGGCGACGCCUGCACAGCGCCCGGUUUCGGCUGUUCGCACCCCGGCCACGACGAGGAUGCCUUCUUUCAAGACGGCCACAUCGCCCUCGCACCCACCAUCAGCGUAUCGGGCGGCUACUAGCCUCAAAACUCAUCGCACUGCAGACCGGGACUCUCCCGACAGCGCGGAGUCUCCGGCAGGGCCGGAAACACCCAUAUACGACGACGAUCUAGGUACGGACUUGAGCCCGAACACGAUGAUUAGCAACCACGCCCCCUCGCUUGUUAGUGACGAUGGGGAGUAUGACGAUUCAGAUGACGGCUCGGCCUCGGACACGAGUGAUGAUGCCAUGGAGACGGAGUCAGUUUCGGACUUGGCCGAGAUAACCAUCGACGACGACAUCCACUCCCGGGAACCCACCCCGCAACCAGUCCCACGUGGGGGCCGGGGCGCCACGAACAAAACUCCCAAGCUUAAGAAAGACGAGACCCGGCACGUCACUUUUGUGAGCCCCACACCGGUGCCCACCAACAAAAAGGGCCGGCGCGGCAAGAAGGUCUGA